AUGCCAUUAAUAAAAAGGAACAUUGAACCUUGGCACCUUUGCCAAGGAGCUCUACCUGAAGGAAUUACUAGUGAAUUGGAAUGUGUAACCAAUAGUACCCUUGCUGCUAUCAUACGUCAACUAAGCAGCUUGAGCAAACAUGCUGAAGACGUAUUUGGUGAGUUGUUUAAUGAAGCCAACAGCUUCUACAUCAGGGCAAAUUCCCUUCAAGACAGAAUUGACCGUCUGUCUGUCAAAGUUACUCAGCUGGAUUCAACUGUGGAAGAAGUCUCAUUGCAAGAUAUUAAUAUGAAGAAAGCAUUCAAAAGUUCUACAAUACAGGAUCAACAGGUUGUUUCAAAGAGCAGCAUUCCCAACCCUGUAGCUGAUAUUUAUAAUCAGAGUGACAAGCCACCUCCACUGAAUAUUCUUUCUUCAUACAGAGAUGAUAAAAAAGAUGGAUUAAAAUUUUAUACGGAUCCUUCUUACUUUUUUGACCUCUGGAAAGAAAAAAUGUUACAAGAUACAGAGCAUAAGCGAAAAGAGAAGAGACGACAGAAGGAUCAAAAGCGUAUAGAUGGCACAACUCGUGAGGUGAAAAAGGUUAGAAAAGCAAGGAACAGGCGCCAAGAGUGGAAUAUGAUGGCCUUUGACAAAGAACUUAGACCAGACAACAGGUUGUCUCAAAAUGUUUACCCUGGAGCAUCUUCCGAGGGGUCUCUGUCCCCUGAUACUAGAUCCCAUGCCUCGAAUGUUACCAGUUACUCAUAUCCUGCUACUCCAAAUCAUUCACUCCAUCAUCAACCUUGCCACAUCCCUUCGUGUGGAACAGGAGAUGGAUCUCAGUUUAUGCUUGCAAAACAGGCUCUUGAACAUGAAUAUAGCUUAUCUUCUACAACAGUGCAACAUGCUACUUUGAACAGACCUCAAGAGCCACCCCCACCCCCACCCAAAGCCAUAGAUGGUGCUCUGGGCACUGUUGCGUUGAUAUCAGCAGAUUAUGGGAUGCUUGCAGCUCAAAUGGUGGAUUAUUACAAUCCUUCAGGACCCCCUCCCCCUCCACUUAUGAUUCCAUCUGCACAGACUGCUUUUGUUAGUCCUCUCCAAAUCCCUGUGCUACCUGCCCAUUCUGGACUAGUGGCUGGUACUCUAUAUUCUGGUGCUCUUCAUCUUCCUCCUACUGGGCAUGUUGUUACAGCUCCUCCCCCUCCUGGCCCGCCUCCGCUUCCUCCAGGCCCCCUUGCUGCAGGAUCCUCUCUCUCAUCCUCCCCAUUGCACACUCCUGCAGUGGCUGAGGUUAAAAGGCAGGAGUCUGUCCAGUCACCCAUCAGUGGUGCUCGAAGUGAUCUUCUGGCUGCUAUUCGGAUGGGAAUCCAGUUGAAAAAAGUACAAGAGCAGCGUGAACAGGAGGCCAAGCGCGAGCCAGUUGGAAAUGAUGUGGCCACAAUUCUUUCUCGGCGUAUUGCUGUGGAAUACAGCGAUUCGGACGAUGAGUCGGAAUGUGAUGAAAAUGACUGGUCAGACUGAAAACUGGGAGUGCACUACCAAAGUAUUCAAUGAAUUGGCUUAGGAAAUCAUUUAUAGUAUACUAUGGCAGUACUGGUAUAUGAAAGAGCAAGUAGUAUAACUUGGUGAUAUUCAGAAUUAUAUAAUUUGGUUACUUAAGAUCAUAGUGUUUCUGCAGACUAGAAAACAGACUUU